AGCUCGCCAUCGUAUUGCACGCCUCCUCUGUCUUCCGUCUCUGUCUCGUCUCUCCUCACGCCAGCAGCACCACUUCUGUCUUCCGUCUCGUCUGGCUUCGACUCACUUCCCUUUUAAUCGCAUUCGCAUCGCAGAUUCCCAUCUAUUUCCGUACGGGCGCUUCGUAUCUCUUCAGUUGCUGCCGUCGUUUUCCUUAUGGAUUCAGAAGAGGAAUUUUUGAUGCAAUGGUUGCAAAUGCGACAGAGCCUUGUCUACCUUGUUUGUCUUGUUGUCCAGUAUACUUUGGUUCUUAUGUGUAAUAAUGAUAAUGAGAUGUUGGCUCUUUAUGGAAAUGAUAGAGCUAGUGAGGAUGAUGGAGAUAUUCCUUCAAAUAUAAAGAAACGACGUCGAUCAAAUUCUCAAGAAUUUGUUGACACUGUGAAUGAGGAUGAUCAACUUACCUCUCAAAAUGAGGUAUCUUUGGAAAACUUCUCAAUCGAUAUGGAGAAUUCCUCAGUUGGUGGCCAUUCUCUUGGAGCAAAUAGUGAGAGAUUCAAGAGGACCAAAAAGCAUUCACAAAUAUCUCUACUUGCAGAGAAGAUGGACGCUAUUGCAACUGCUCUUAACGAAGGGAAUAGACUAUUUAAAGAGAGAUAUACCCCACAAAUAUCAGGGGAAGAAACUUUGAAACUGAUUCGAGAUUGUGGAUGCAAUGAAGAGAAGAUUCCUAGCAUUUAUAGCUUUCUUAUGAAUGAUGCAGCCAAACUCAGGACAGUUAUUCAAUGUCCACCUUUGCGGCGCAAGCAAGUGAUUAUGGAUAUGGUUUUCGGUUCUUAGAUUAAUAUGUUUUUGGUUGGGAGGCAACCUAGAUUUUGUAGGCACUUUGUAAGCACUUUUACAUUGGCACAGGGUCUCUUUUGAUGACACUUUGUUCUGCCAUGUGAUGGCUCUUGAUGACAUUUUAUGCCAUGCUUGAUGAUAUGGUGUUCAGUACAUUCUUAGAUUAGUGUGAUUAUAAUAUAAUCACCUUCUUGUUUAAUGCUUGCUUGGUGAUAUAUAUCCAAUACCACAUGUUUGCCUUA